AUGCAUUUCACCAGCAAGAUUCUUUACGUCUGCGUCGCUUUACACGUCGCCUUUCAAGGCGCGUCCGGCGCAAUUCUCCGGGGACGAACCAGCGAUACCGAUUCGAACCAGCUGUCAGCAAGUGACUUUCAAACUCUGAGCCAAGCUGCGGAAGAUCUUGACAAUCAGCUGGAUAACUUUUUGCGGAACUGGAACGGUGGUCACCGUAACCCCGAUAUCGUGAAUACUGCAACCAUCGCCAAGCGCCAGGCCAGUGGCAUUUCGGUAUCCGCACAAGAUCUUCAGGAUCUUCUGAAGCUCAUCCAAUCUAUUGAGCGGCAAUUGGCGGCGAUAAUUGCCUCUGUAGGCACCACAGCCAGCGUGACCGUGGCACCGGCUCCGUCCAACACCUUCAGCAACCCGGGGCCGGUUGCUUCGUCACCAGCGCAGUCGACCGUCCAACCUACCGUCACUGGCAAUGUCCCGGCCAGCUCAGGUGUAAGUUCCCCUACCCCCAACCCCGUGCUAACAAGCAGUGCAGCAGGAGAUGGUGGUCCACUCACCACGGCAUAUGGAACGUCCAUCACGACCGGGACGAGAUGCAAGACGACAGUAACUCAAACAUUUACCGAGUACGUGUAUGAAGACGGGACCUCGGUCGUGCCCCGAGUUGUUCGAUCAAUCGUGGAAGACGAAGAGGUAGAUGAAGAAGAAGAGGAAGACCAUUGGAUUACCGCCACGGUACCUCGGGAUUCUGAGGAUGACGGCGACUGGGAGUCGUGGGUCGAAUUCGACGGGACAUCAACUGAAGAAGAUGAGUCUGAUGUUGGCUUCACGACGCGCGACUCCUGGACGAAAUUGGGGGUCAGGCGUCGUGAUUCGUUGGGUGAGAACAGUGACCCUGGGCUCCUCUUCGCUCGCGACGAAGGGAACAUUUGA